AUGCCUUUAUUUUCUACUUUUAUAGUUGUAAAUUCUGAUAGGAAAAGUAGUUUAAGCUGGCUUUUUGGUUGCAAUGCACAACACUUCUACCAUAAAUACCUUUUCGGAAAAAAUCGAUUAGAAGUAAUAACUGUUAAUAAGGGUGUCAAGUUUGCUUUAGAAAGUAUACUUGAAGGAAAUUGCUGCGUUUUCAACUCACUGAAUAACAAGAACAUUGUAGUCAGCGACUUUACUCUUCUUUGCGCUAAACCUGUAACUGUUUCAAAAAUUCUUUUUGAGAGGCAGUUAAGCUGUGAAGAGUUAAACGUACAUUCCCUUCCUAAAACGGCACCUGGCCUCGAAUCAUCGUGUUUAAGUUCUCAGAGUACGCUAAACUGCUCGACGCUUGAAGCCCUAAAGCCUUGUGAGGACUUUGAAGGCUCUUUUUCCAGCAAUCUACUUUUAUUCAGAAGCGAGUCUUCUCUGCAUUCACCUAGCAGAUGUAGUGCGCUAUAUAACGAAGUUGAGAGAGAAUCCCCGGCUUUGUUUGACCUUUCCGUCCGAGAAGGAUAUUUUGGUGUUACACCUAAAAAGCGUUUAAUAUUCAGCGGCUCCUGCGAUUUUAGAACGUUAAAAGAUGAGCAAUUUUCAAGCACUUUAUGUCAAUUUGGAAAACCGUUCAAAAGCGAAAAACUACGGGCCGUCCACUGUUAUUCCCGCGAUACACCCAUUCUUAGCGGAGAUAGCCCCUGUAAUCUACUGAGUAACUGCGACACGACGGAAGAAUUUAUAUUCACUUGCUCAAGAAAUGACGCUGAUUACAACUGCGUGGACAUUAAAAGGCGGCUUUGUUUUUCCGAUGGUUAA